AUGAAAGCGGUCAUCACAAAUCGAUUCUUGCCUAGGCGUCUGCUAAGUUUCGCUCUCGGUAGUCCGCUUGGGCAGGGCGCUCAAGUCAAGGAUGUUCCAACCCCAGACAUCACUGACAAUGAGGUCUUAGUCAAGGUGCGCGCUGUAGCGCUGAAUCCGAUCGACUUCAAAGAUGCCGAUGUCCUUUCCCCACGCAGUUCGAUCUUAGGCUGUGAUUAUGCGGGCGAGGUGGCUCAGGUCGGUAAGAAUUCGGGACAGCGCUGGAAGGUUGGAGAUAGAAUCGCUGGCUUUGUCCACGGUGGCAUGUAUCCCGACAUUGGCUCAUUUGCUGAGUAUUUGAAAGUCGAUGGAGACUUGGCCUGGACGGUCCCUGAUGGAAUGACUUUGGGUGAAGCCACCACUUACGGACUUCCCGCCGCCACCGCGAUGCUGAGUCUUGCGUAUCUUGACAUUGCCUGGGCGGAUAUUGAGAACGGACGCAGCGCUCAACAGGACGACCAACCGACCAUUCUCAUCUAUUCAGGCGCCUCGAACGUCGGUCUCUUCGCCAUCCAAUUAGCUAAGAGAGCAGGAUACAAGGUUGUGGCAACGGCGUCGCCACGUUCCUUCGACCUCGCAAAGCGCUAUGGUGCCGAUGCAGUAUACGACUACCGGACCUCUGCGUCCAUUGACGAAAUUACGAGAGCUUACCCGAAUAUAAACAAAGCUCUGGACUGCUUUUCCGAAGGCACUUCUGCCUCCUUCUGUGCUGAUGUGUUGCGAGAGGGCAAAGUAGUCACACUGCUUGAUCAAGGAAAGUCCAAGAGGGCAAACGUUACUUAUACGUUUCUUAUGGUUUAUACUGCAUUCGGUCGCGAGUUCCAGUUGCUGGCCCCCCUUGGCCCUGUAUUCCCAGAGAUGCCGGCAGACCGCGAGGUCAUCAGCAGUUUCUAUGGUCACUUACCCACGUUGUUGAGCUCUGGCGUUUUGAAACCUCCAAACAUCACAACGAUCAAGGGCGGUUUCAAGGAGAUAUUUGAGGGACUAGAGAAGCUUCGCAAGGGCGAUAGUCGAAGCACAAAACUUGUCGUCGAGUUCCAGUGA